CUAUCCUUACGAGUCUUACAGCUAACCUUUAACAGGCAUUAGCUAUAAAACUGAAUUGAAACGUAGAUAUCCCAGUAGUGGGCUGUUAGCCACGCCCCCCCGUGAAUGUUACGUAAGCCGCACGCAUGCAGAUAUAUUCAGACGGAAACUUCACGGUGGUCGGUGUUUUCCAGGGUUGUAUCUGUGAACUUUGGUUGCUUCGUCAAGGUCUGUCAGGAUGGUUGUGCUUUCCAAAGACUAUGGAUAUGUGGUGCUGACUGGCAUGGCCAGUAUGGUCAUGGUUACACAUCUGGCCAUUAAAGUUGGCAAAGCCAGGAAGAAGUACAAUGUGCACUAUCCUCAGAUGUACAGCAACGACCCAGAAACUGGGAACAUUUUCAACUGCAUCCAGCGGGCACACCAAAACACCCUGGAAUCCUACCCUGCCUUCCUCUUCUGCCUGGCUGUUGGCGGUUUUCAUUCACCUCGUCUGGUCAGUGGACUUGGAGUCGUGUGGAUUAUCAGCAGAGAGGUUUAUGCACACGGCUACUCUACAGGAGAUCCUAAAAAAAGAAUGAGGGGAGCUUUUGGAAAUCUGGCUUUACUUGGGAUGAUGCUGGCCACACUGAACUUCGGAGGCUCUCUGCUGGGCUGGAGGGGGAGCUCACGUAUGAGCCGUUUUGGUGUUUGAUCCAAUAUGUAAUGAAAAUUUACGCCUGGGCCAAUUCAGUCAUCAUCGCUAUGGUGUAACUCAUACACUUGCACUGUGCUCAUCUUUAAGUGGUUAAGUCAGGUGUGUUAGCUGAUCUGACUAGUUCUUCAAGAACUGUAUGGCCUGAUUUAGAAUAAUGCAGACUAGCACUCUACAGUCGUGCAUUUAUUAAUGAAUAAAAAGAAGUAAUGAUGAAGAAAUUCCUUGUUUAUUGUGCUGCAAAGGAACUUUACUAAAGAUGGUUAUUCAACUGUCCUGCAUUUGUAAUUAAAAUCCUCCAUAACUUCUAUUUUCCUGUUUGUCAUAAAACUGACACCUUCUCAUA